AUGAUUGCAAGACAAUUACAAAGUGCAUAUUCAGCAUCAUUAAGAAUUUUUGGAUUUAGACCAGAAGGUAGUCCAAAUAUGGGUUUAAAAUAUCUUAGAAAACCAUUAAUUGGUGAUUAUUUAACUCAAUAUUAUUCAAAACCAUUAAUUUCAAGACAUAUGAUUGGUAAUACAGAUGAUAAAGCACUCACAAAGGUAGAAACUCGUGAAAGAGAUCAACAAAGAGGUAAACCAGAAAUUAAGAAAGGUCAAGGUAAACAAGCUAUGAAGAAAAAGAAAUAA